AAUAAAAAUUAAGUUAACUAUCGCAUGGGCUAUGUUCUAUGUUAAUUAACAUUUAAUGUUAAUGCUGUGAAUGGCAGCUACCAUUUUGGAAGAAGAAGGUAGUAAACAAAAAUGAAUUUGGAGCUGCUGGAAUCUUUUGGACAGAACUACCCCGAGGAGUUCGACGGCUCUCUGGAUUGCAUUUCCCUAGCCGUGACAUGUGCCUUUAACAAAUACGGAACCCUCUUGGCCGUUGGCUGCAAUGAUGGCCGCAUUGUAAUAUGGGAUUUUUUGACGCGGGGCAUUGCCAAGAUAAUUUCCGCCCAUGUGCACCCCGUCUGCAGUCUCAGUUGGACCCGGAAUGGUCAUAAGUUGCUCUCGGCUUCGACGGACAACAAUGUUUGCAUUUGGGACGUACUAACCGGCGAACUGGAGCACAAGUACAGGUUUCCCUCGCCUGUGCUGAAAGUCCAGUUCGAUCCGCGCAAUGACAACCGAAUUCUGGUCUGCCCCAUGCGAUAUGCCGCCGUUCUAGUGGAGAUCGGCGGAACCCAUCGCUGCCUGCCCUUGGACUCAGAUGGCGAUUUGAACAUAGUGGCUUCGUUCGAUCGCAGAGGCAAGCACAUUUACACAGGCAAUGCCAAGGGUAAAAUUCUUGUCCUGGAUGUGGAAACCUUCGAGGUGGUGGCCAGUUUUCGCAUCAUUGUGGGCACCUCGAGUGCAACAGCAGUAAAGAGCAUUGAAUUUGCAAGACGUGGAGACGCAUUUCUUAUCAACACCUCUGAUCGAGUUAUUCGCGUUUACGACUCGAAAGAAAUCAUCACCCUGGGCAAAGACGGCGAACCGGAACCUAUACAAAAGCUGCAGGACUUGGUCAACAAGACAACUUGGAAGAAAUGCUGCUUUUCCGGCGAUGGCGAGUACAUUUGCGCAGGCAGUGCUCGCCAGCAUGCUCUCUACAUUUGGGAGAAGUCCAUUGGCAAUCUUGUGAAGAUCCUGCACGGCACCAAGGGUGAGUUGCUCUUAGACGUAGUGUGGCAUCCAGUGCGCCCCAUCAUUGCCAGCAUUAGCUCCGGACUGGUCUCCAUUUGGGCUCAAAAUCAAGUGGAAAACUGGUCGGCCUUUGCACCAGAUUUUAAGGAAUUGGAUGAGAAUGUAGAGUACGAGGAGCGGGAGUCGGAAUUCGACAUUGCGGACGAGGACAAGUCGGUGGAUCUGAACGCUGACGCGCAGCAGGACGAGGAGAUCGAGGUGGAUGUGCAGAAGGUGGAGCCAGUGGCUGCCUUUUGCUCCUCCGACGAGGAGGGCGAGGAUGAGAACGCGCUGCAGUUCCUGCCGAUGGCGCCGGAGGUGGAGGAUCCCGAGGACGGCUGGGCUGGUCAGGACGGAAUGGAAGCCAGUGCUGUAAUGCUCAGCUCGGAUCCGCAUGACUACGAGGACGACAUAAUGGCGUCCAAGCGCCGACGCAUGCAGCUCUACGAUGUCAGCCUGCCCGAUGCACCAACCGAUGAAACACAUCCCCUCAUCUCCAGCAAGGCCAGCAAAGACAAACAGCAGCCCGUUGGUGGCAAAAAGGCCGCCGGUCGUACCAAGAAAUAAAACUGAUUUGACUAAA